AUGAGGAUGGAGAAGAAGAAGAAGAAGAAGGACGGGUUAGAGGGUGGAAAACUUUUGAUGGCAUUGGAAGAAAGGGUGAGAAAGAGAGAAGAAAAGGAAGAGCCAAGAAUAGGAGAUGAUGAUGACAGAGAAGGUUGUUUUGGGAGGAAUAAUUUCGGUUGCAUGCACGCGGAGAGAGUCCAAGAAGGGCAAUGUGACAGAUGUAAACGUGGAUCUGAGGUGCAAAACCACAUGUAA